AUGAAUACCUAUCAGCACGAUCCGAUGACGACGAGGCGUCAACUGAAGCCAGGUUUGUACGCUCGGGGUGGAUCACAUGCCGUAAAUCGAUGUAGAUCACAACUACCGCCUAGGAAAAGUCCCUGUCAGAUACCACGGUAAGUCAUCCAUUUUUUCUUGAUAUAGUGAAGGUUAAACCGGGGUAUAGUCUUAUCUUAUGUGCACUGAAUCUUAUUUUAAUCGUCAAUCUACUAAGAUGUUCAAAUAGUUAUGUGCUCCCUCUCAAAUCAAACUUUCAGGUCUGGGGGCACAGAAUUAUUUGGAAAACCUAAUAAAUAGUUAUGCACAGUGAGAGGUCUAUUUUUAUUGAGAAAGGAUCAGUAUUAGGAGGGAAGAGACGCUUCCUUUUAAAAAAUUGGAAAAGGUUGUAUAAUCUACCCUUUAUCCGUCCCUCCCCACUCCUCCGCUAUUAGUGCGUAUAAUUGAAUGGUACAGCAAAUUGAAUACCAUACAAAAAAAGGAACCCCUAUACAAUAAUAAAUAAGACAAAACCAAACACCACCUCCAAUCACGCCCUCAUGUAUAAUUCAAAAACAUUCUGCAUAGUAAUCGCAAUUCUUGUUAACCAGACGUAUUCGCACGUUAAAUUAAAUAUAAAACCCCAACAUUUGGGCGAACGUUCGGCCAUUACCUAUUCCAUAUAUUGGGCAACAUUAUGAAUAAACAAUGACUCAGCACUGACAUCAUUCAUAUACAACCGGCUUACCGUGUGUCAUUUACUCGGUAUAUAAGGAAUUCACUUUACUCUGUAUACAAGGCAUUCACCUUGCUCUGUACAUAAGGCAUUCCUACUACUCUGUAUAUAAUACCACUCACUGUGUUUGUAUGUUCCAUUUACUGUGUAUAAGUGGCAUUUACUGCGCGUGUAAGCCAUGUAUUAGGUCUUCAUAACAUUCACUGUCAUUUACUAUUCCUAUAAGCUAUUUACUGUGUAUGUAUUAUGGCAUUAUUGUGACAUUGACACUAAAGUCAAGGUUGUUACGCUAAUACCAAAGUAACUUUUGUUACUUUCACAACAGAGUAAAGUAAUUCCUUCAUUACUUUACAUUGUUCAUAGCCAUGGAGAGUUGUGUGCCUCCCACGGAGGUGAAACGCAAGAUUACUGUAAGGUAAGGAAAGAGUGUUGUACUGUAAUGUAGGUUUUCUAUCUGGCUCUUGUAACAUUCUUGUAACAAUGACCUCACCGUGCCUAACGUACUCACACAAUGGUAUCACCGUAUUUCCCCAAGUCUAGAAGAAUGUCCUCGUUUUAAUCGUUUUGCCGUUUUGGGAAGAGCUUAAAUAAGGUCCGGUAAUAUAAUUGAGAGAUCCGUCUCUCCCCUAGUUUAUGACUCGUUAGGCCAAACUUUGAAAAUAUAUUGGGCCGUCCCGGGCUCUGGAAACAGUUUUGUCACGUUCUAGCUCGAAUAAGGUUAGUUUAAGGUUUUUACUGUGUUACAGUAAGAUUUCGAUUUUUUUACAGUAGGAUUUUGAUUAUGAUUGAUUUUAUUUAUUUUUGACUAUUAGUGAGAAACAGUCCAGACCCACUUUAUAGGCCCGAAAAACAAACUUAGAUGUGUGUCACAGUAAGUAAGAGACAUUUAGAUGUGUGUUACAGUAAGACUCAUCUUUAAAUACUUCCUCUAAACCUUUUAUAUUUAAACCCAUGAGUAACUCAAUAUCCCUGUGAUUUUAAAUUAGGUAACAACGUAACUAGAGCAAGCAAUCAAAAGUGAAUUUAAAUUAACAUUUUAGCCAUUUUAAUUCAAAAAAAACUUUAAAAUUUUACAAAGUCUACUACAAUAUAAACUAUAAAAGAUCUACUAUAAUAUAAAGUUUUUCCUCUAACCAUUGUCGUUUCAGAAAUUCAUAUGAUAUGAGCUCGAGUAGAGGAAUCCAAGCUACAAAUCUACCGUCACAGCUUACCGUGGUACUAAUGGGGGCGCCUAGGGUAAGUUAAACAUCUUUUUUUGAAAUUUACGUGAUGUUACUUCAGCUAUAGUAACAUCACAUAAAGCUAUAGCUAUCCUAUGUAAUAAUAUUCUUUGACCCAAACAACCCCUUUAUUAAAAUAUUACCUAAAAUACAUAAAAAUCAAACCUAAAAACGAUUUUCAGGUAGGGAAGUCGACGUUAGUGAACCAGUUCCUAUGGGAAGCCUUUAUCCGAGAAUAUCGACCGACAGUCGAAGAGUUCAACUGGAUCGAAUACGAAGCUGAAGAUGGCGAGUUGUUAGUACAAAUCAUCGACAGCAGCGGAUCACGCGACUUUCUAGCCAUGAGGGACCUGUAUUAUAAACAAGGUGAUGCCUUUAUGGUCGUAUAUGCGGUCGAUGAUCCUGGGUCGUAUCUUGAAGCUGUCCAAAUCGUCAAUGAAAUUAAAGAGAAAAGCCCUAAAAAUGUAAGUUAUUUGACGAUAAUUAAUAGUCUUUUAUUUAUGUUAAUAUAUAGUAGGGGCAUUUUUAUACCAAUUUAAAAAUUAUUUUGACAAUAUUAUUAUUGUUAUCAAGAUUUCAAAUCCUUUCUUUAUUAUUUGUAAAACAUAAAUUUAAAUUGUGUAUUUCAGGCCCCAGUACUACUAGUAGGUAACAAAGCCGACCUACGAGUACCAGAUGCCAAUGGAAAUGUGUGGCCAGCAGAUGCAAAUCCACAGGAAUUCGCCAGAAGGAAUCAGAUACCCAUGCUUAAUAUUACUGCUAAACAGCUAAAAGAGGUAUGAAUUCUGUAAAUUUUCAAAUGAAAAGUUUGACAGAAAAACUGAUUUUUCUUUUCGGAAUGUUGCUAUAGGCAAAAUCGCGAUUAAAAAUGAAUUUUUAAGCAAACGCGAUGUUGUAGUAGGUUACCAACACAUCUUUACUAAAAACUUUAGACCAAAGCUAAUACUCUUGCAUCUCAACACUGUUCUCAAGCAAUAUGGAAGUCUUCACAAUUUCUAAACCCAUACAUAAUAAAAUAUAUAAUAAUAGACUUACGUGAUAUUAUAAAUAACCAACUCGAUGUUCUUGCAGGUACAGCACGUGUUUUGGACUUUGAUGGACAAACUGCGAAUAACCUGCACUCCUUCCGAACUACAAUUAAAAAAACGUCGACAAUCGAUGCCAUCGCGGCGGACAGCUUCGGAUUUAGGCAUCGACUCUGCGGCUUUAGAACAACUCGUUAAAAAACACGACAAAAAACAACGGGCAAACUGUAUUAUAAUGUAA